GUUUCGUAAUUGUGGAGUUUCGAAGUUGUGGUACUGGAUAAACACAGUAUUUUUAUCGUAUUACUGCCGUUAAUAACUAGCGACUUAAAAAUCCUAAUGCAUACGAAGUUAGAACAAAGAAAUAAAUGUUUCCAGUAUUCAACAUAAACAUCAUCUUCUAUUCAUUUUGAGAAACAAAUUCUACUAACCUAUCGUGUAGGAAGGUAUUUGAAUGAAACCAUUACCAUUCCUGUUAUUUCAGGAAAAUUAUAGCUAUUUAUCGUACAGGAGACAAUAUUCCCUAAUUCAACAGACUUGUCAAAAUGACCAGCGUCGCUACACGAACAUUCUCGUCUAAAUUAUGGAAAGACGGAAACAUUUUACGACCAUUGUUUACAUAUCUUCCAUGGUGCAAGCUAUCAACAAAUGUGGAACCUCAACAGGAUAACACCAGUGGUCAAGACUCGAUAAAUCCUUUGAAUCAUCCAGAUCUUUUUAAAGUUCACAAUUUAUUCACUGUCGAAGAUUUGUUUAAAGCAAGAGUACAUUACGGACAUAAGAUAGGAUCUCUGGAUGAACACAUGCGACCCUUUGUAUUCGGAUCUAGACUCGGUCACUUAAUAAUCGACUUAGACCAAACCGCAGAACUUUUGCGCCAAGCGUUAAAUUUUGCUGCUCAUAUAGCGUUCAGAGACGGAAUUAUUUUAUUUAUCGCGAAAAAUCCUCAAGUUUCUUACUUGGUUGAAACAACUGCUAAGGAGUGCGGAGAAUUCGCUCAUACCAGAAAUUGGAAACUUGGAACUUUUACAAACGCUCCACGUGAAUUUGGCGCCGUCACAAGAUUGCCAGAUCUAUGUAUAUUUCUUAAUACUAUGGACACUGUUGUCAAACAGCACGUAGCAGUGAUACAUUCAGCCAAAAUGGCUAUUCCAACGAUUGGCAUUGUCGACACAAACUGUAACCCAAAUCUUAUAACGUAUCCUGUUCCUGGGAACGAUGAUACACCUUGUGCCAUAGAACUCUAUUGUAGUCUAUUUAAGGAAGCAAUAAUGAGAGGAAAAGCGCUCAAAUCGCGAUUAAUCCAAAAAAACACACAAUAA